UCGGCGUAGUUCCUCCCAACACAGAUGAUUUUCUUUCCCCACUCCCAAUAUCGAGAUACAUUUCGUGAAGUCAUUGUAAAGAAAUCUUGUCAAGUCUACAGCUGCUCCGAAGCAGUUCUUACCAUCAAAACGACCUUUGCCCGCUGCAGCUUCCUUGAACAAACCUGUCAACCGUACGGUAUCCCAGAGUGGACAAAAAAAGGUCACUGGUAGCGAGUGCCUGCACUCUUGGCGUUCUUGGAGCCGCUGCAACGUAUAAAAUUGCCCCUGCGCACGUCCAAGCAGCCCUUCUACACAAGGAAGCUCCUGAUAUCCCGAUAAGGAAGUCUUUACUUCUGGAGCAGAGCGACAUGAAGGUAGAACUGCUGCCAGCCCUCACUGACAACUAUAUGUACCUUCUCAUUGAUGAGGAGUCAAAGGAAGCUGCCAUCAUAGACCCAGUUGAACCAGUGAAGGUUGUAGAAGCUAUCAGAAAGCACGGUGUGAGACUUACGACAGUUCUGACCACCCAUCACCAUUGGGACCAUGCGGGAGGCAAUGAGAAGAUGGUGAGGCUGGUGCCUGGUCUCACUGUGUACGGAGGAGAUGACCGGGUGGAUGCCCUCACUAAGAAAGUCAAACACUCCAACACGUUCAAAGUUGGUUCACUUACAGUCAAGUGUUUGUUUACGCCAUGCCACACCACUGGCCACAUUUGCUACCUUGUGACCAAAGACAACAGCACUGAGCCUCCAGCUGUCUUCACAGGGGACACACUGUUUGUUGCUGGCUGUGGGAAGUUCUUUGAGGGUACAGCUGAACAGAUGUACAGGGCAUUGAUAGACGUGCUGGGACGUCUGCCCCCUGAAACACGUGUUUACUGUGGUCAUGAGUACACCGUCAACAAUCUGAAGUUCGCUCGACAUGUGGAGCCUGACAACGAGGUCAUCAAGAAAAAACUAGCAUGGGCAAAGGAGAAGGUCCGUAAUGGAGAACCAACCAUCCCCUCCACUGUGGCUGAAGAAUUCAAAUUCAACCCCUUUAUGAGAGUGAAAGAGAAGUCUGUGCAAGAGCAUGCUGGGCAGAAUGACCCUGUUGAAACCAUGAGGAGUCUGCGUAAGGAGAAAGAUGGCUUCCGGGUCCCCAAGGAGUGACUGCAGAAUGGAGUCUAGUGAAAUCCGUUCCACUACAUGCGUACCAGUGCACUGCGACUUGUUACUAACAACUAUGGCAAAAUAUUUCCUACCCGUUUCAUUCACUACAUAAAAUACUGUAUUUACUUCAUUUCCACAUUCUGUACAUUAGCUUGUAGACCUAAUGCAAGCAUCAAGCAAAACAAAAUAUUGUAGUCUCGUCACGAGGAAGACUGGAGAUUGAGUAUAAACUGGAUUUACAGAAUAAAAUUUGAUCUGUAUUGCAGAUUGAUUUAAGAAUCUUGACUUGAAUUAAGUUAAUUUAGCUUUGAUUACUGAAAUGUACAGUUUGCUGUAGAGUGAAUACAGUAUUGAUGUUCUGUAAUGUGAAAAAUAAUAUUUUAAUAAACCCCAACAAUUCUCAUCUGCAGAAGCAAAACAGAACUAUAAAAAGCAGGUAGAAGCUUGAAUAAGUGAUGUCUUAAUGUGCAAUGUUUGUAAAUUAAUUUAGACUUUUUAACUCUGUAUAAAGCUUUCUUAUCAAGUGUUUUAUUACUUUAAUAUGGUAUAUUCACUCAAGACAAUAUUUCAGAGGUUUGUGUAUAGUCCCUUUAGAGAAGCCAGGGCUACUUUAGUGUGAUUGUUGGACAUAUAGAAAAUCAACUGAAGCACUUCCAAACAUCUCUCAUACUAAAUAACAACUUAUGCUCUUUGUUAAUCAAAAGCUCCAUAUAUUUAUACACACAUCAGGCUUUUGAGUGACGAUGUGAAGUGCGUGAUGCAUAUAGGUUUUAUUAAAAUCUCCAUUGUCUCUUUCACAGAAAAAUCAAUAAAGCAGAUGUAUUGUUGGCCUGACCAUUU